AUGGCGCAACCACCUCCUCAGCUGCCUCCCGGUUGGGUCACCCAGUGGGAUCAGAAUGCCGGUCGUCAGGUCUUUGUAGAGACUUCCACCGGCCGAACCAGCUGGCAGCCACCCACCGCUGGCGGCCCUGGUGGUGCGCCUCCCCCUCAGCAUCAGCAGCAACAACAACAACAACAACAACAACAACAACAACAACAACAACAACAGCGUCCUACCCACCCUCAGGGACAGGCUCGAAUGUCCAUGCCUCAGAUCCAGCCCCCGCCUGGCAUGCGUGGUCCCUCGUUGAGUCCCAUUCCUUCUCACGGUCCCGGUGCUCCCUUGAGCCCUCCUGCCGCUGGCUCUCCUGCGCCCGCGUCCAUCGGUCCCGGUGCUAGCCGAAGACGCGCCUACCCAACCGCUCAUCUCGCUGCCAACAGCAUCAGCUAUGCCGGCGGAUAUGACGCCAGUGCCCCGGGAGGUGCCGGCUACGCUGGCGCACAAGAUGUUCAGCCUCAGCUCUUCACCCCUGGCGCUCCUGACCAGGCCGCUUCUCCUUACGGUGCCGUUCCCCAGCCCGCUCCAGGUGCACCCGGCAUGGCUCCUACGCCCGGUGCCCCGGUGGCUGCCCCCGGCUACCCAGGCAGCGGUGUUCAGGGCAUCACCAACCAGUUCCAAGGCAUGGGAAUGGGCGGCGCCGGUGCAGCGCAAAAAUUCAGCACGCUUCAGACCGUCAACAUCAGCGGUGUACAGCCGAACGUAAACGACCUCGAACGUCCCCCUCCCGAGAUCCGUCUACCACCCAAUGCCUGCGCGUCCACUAACCCCAAAGCCAACGCCGAUCCAUCCUACCAGCGAUGCACGCUCAAUGCCGUUCCCACCACCUCUUCGCUCCUCCAGAAAUCCAAGAUCCCGCUGGGUCUCAUCCUCUCGCCAUACCGCUCCGUUCGCGAGGCUGACGGCGACGAGCCUGUCCCCGUCGUAACCGACACAGUGAUUGCGCGAUGCCGCAGGUGCCGAACCUACAUCAACCCUUAUGUCACCUUUAUCGAGAACGGCAACCGCUGGAAGUGCUGCAUGUGCAACAUCAGCAACGAGGUGCCCCAGCUUUUCGACUGGAAUUCCGAAACCAACCAGCCCGCAGACCGAUGGCAGCGCCCAGAACUCAACCACAGCGUUGUCGAGUUUAUCGCUCCUCGCGAGUACAUGGUUCGUCCGCCGCAGCCUCCCGUCUACACCUUCCUCAUCGACGUCAGUUACCAGGCCAUCAACAGCGGCAUGGUGGCUACCGCCGCCCGCACUAUCCUCGAGACGCUCGACCGUCUGCCCAACUCGGACAACCGCACCAAAAUCUGCAUCAUCGGUGUCGACACCAGCCUCCACUUUUUCAGCAUCACGCCCGAGAGCACCGAGCCCGAGAUGCUCGUUGUCAGCGACUUGGAUGACGUCUUCCUCCCUAAGCCCAACGACUUGCUCGUCAACCUCACCGAGUGCCGGGCUGGUGUCGAGGCGCUGUUGCAGAGGCUAGGCGAUAUGUACAAGGACUCGCUCGUAACUGGAUCUGCGCUCGGUGCCGCACUGCAAGCUGCCUACAAGCUCAUCUCGCCCAUCGGCGGUAAGAUCAUGGUGCUCACUGCCUCACUUCCCAGCGUGGGUCCGGGCGCUCUCAAGAACCGCGAGGAUCCCAAGCUGCUCGGCACUGCCAAGGAGAGCACGUUGCUCGGUGCUGCCUCGUCGUUCUACAAGACGUUCCCCAUCGACUGCUCCCGAUCGCAAGUGUCGGUUGACAUGUUCCUGUUUGCCCCCUCGUAUACCGACGUCGCCACGCUCUCAUGCCUUCCACGCUACACGGGUGGUCAGACUUUCUUCUACCCGGCCUUCCAUGCUGGUAGAUCCGAGGACGCAGUCAAGUUCUCUCACGAGUUCUCCGAGGUGCUUGCCAGUCCCAUCAGCUACGAGGCUGUGCUGCGUCUACGUGCCACCAAGGGUAUUCGCGCCACAGCGUUCCACGGCAACUUUUUUGUACGAUCGACCGACUUGCUUGCUCUGCCCGCGGUGCCGCUCGACCAGAGCUACGCGAUCGAGUGUGAGAUCGAAGAGACGAUCAACGCGCCAUUCGUCGUGUUCCAGUCGGUAGUGCUGCACAGUACGAGCUCGGGAGAACGUCGUAUCCGUGUGGCCAACUUGGCUCUGCCCACCACGAGCUCCAUGUCCGAAGUAUACGCGAACGCCGACCAGAUCGCCAUUGCGACGCUCUUGGCCAACAAGGCGGUGGAGCGCUCCAUCCACUCUCGUCUCGAGGAUGCGCGCGAUGCGCUGUUCAACAAGCUGGUCGACGUGUUUUCGACGUACAAGUCGACCAUGACUUCGGCCGGAUCCGGUGCCAGCCCGCAGCUCGCGAUCGCGCAGAACAUGGCUCAGCUGCCGCUGCUGGUGCUUGCGCUGCUCAAGCACGUGGGUAUCCGACAGUCGUCGUCGAUCCCCUCGGAUCUGCGCGCGUACGCACAAGCGCUGCUGACGACGCUGCCGGCUCAGCAGCUGAUCCCUUACCUGCACCCGAGCUUCUACUGCCUGCACAACAUGUCGCCCGAAGCGGGCACGACGGUGGCCGAAAAGGGCUUUGUGAUGCCUGCCAAGCUCAACCUCACCUCGGAGCGAUUCGAGCGACACGGCCUUUACCUCAUUGAGGAUGGGCAAAACAUCUUCCUGUGGGUGGGCCGCGAGGCAGUGCCGCAGCUGUGCCUGGACGUGUUUGACGUGGCCAACUACGGCACGCUUCGGGGCGGCAAGACGACGUUGCCCAAGCUGGACAACAGCAUGAACCAGCGGGUGAACGCGAUCGUGCAGAGAAUCAGGGAGAGCCGACGUGGGCCCUACCGCGCGCAUCUGUACGUGGUUAAGGAGGAUGGAGAGCCGAGCUUGAGGCUGUGGGCUUUGAGCCUGUUGAUCGAGGACAGGUUCGAGCAGACACCCAGCUACAUGCAGUUCAUCGGACAGCUCAGGGACAAGGUGAACGGUGGAUCGUGA